AGAUGGGAUCAUUCCGAAGAUUGGUUCAUACCGCUCCAUAAAGCACAAGAGGUCAUGAAAUCCAAAGAAAGAUAUGUCGAAAUCUCACUCGACUUUGAAGAAUAUGAUUAUAUUGAUGGUCAUGUAAUUGAUGGAAGAACUUUGCUACCCGCAACGACUUAUCUUGUACUCGUUUGGCAAACUAUUGGCAUGAUGAAAAAGCAAAUAUACACAACAGUACCAAUAAUAUUCCAAGAUGUAAAAUUUAAUCGUGCUACUCAUUUAUCGAAAAAUAAUACUGUAGGACUAAUGAUUGCGAUUCAGAACGAUGGGAAGUUCGAAAUAACGGAAGGCGACAGCGUUGUUGUGACAGGUAUAGUGCAGGAGACAUCAAAUUUAGAACAAGAAAUGAUGAUAGAUCAAUUACCCGAGAACAACGAUGAAGAAGAACAAAUGACCGCACGAGAUAUCUAUAAGGAAUUUAAACUACGCGGUUAUCAGUAUAGCGGCUUGUUUCGCGGAUUAAAGAGUGCAUCUAUUUCAGGCAAAAAUGGACAUAUUAUUUGGGCAAACAAUUGGGUAACAUUUAUGGAUAACAUGUUACAGAUGCGUAUUAUCGGUUAUGAUACAAGAGAUUUAUAUGUUCCUACGAGUAUUCAGAAAUUAGUGAUCAAUCCUGAGCUGCAUGCAAUAAAGGUACGAGAAAUCUACGCUGCCGACUUGGAAGCUACGAUAAACGAAGACAAACAAUUACCAGUCCGAAUAUACAAAGAGAUAGACACGAUUGUAGCUGGCGGAAUAGAGAUUCGAGGACUUAAAGCUUCUCAGAUCUUACGCCGAAAAUUAGCUCAAGAUGCAGUUAUCGAAGAACACAUAUUUGUAGCUCAUUGUGAUCACGCUAAGGUUUCUUUAAACGAAGCGAUUCGAAUAUCGGCGCAACUCGCAUUGGAAGAUCACAAAAUUGUCAAGGUGAAAGCCAUCGAAAUAGUGGAAGAUGACAAUGACGUUCCAUUAGAAUAUCUCUCAUCUUCAUUACUAAUUGAGGCAUUUAAUGAUAUGCCAUUGAUACAAACAAAUAUCACUCUAUUAACAUCGCCGAAUCGUUUCAAUCCAUCAGAUUUAUCACAAGACAUUUCAAUCGCAGAUUUAAACACAGCAUAUACAGAUGACAAAGCUUUAAUAGUUGCCGGAUUCAAUCUUUUGACCAAACGACAGACUUCAUUAAAGCGAUUGUUGCCAUUUUUGAGAGAAGGUGGUUAUCUAUUGACACGCGAGAAAUGCGAAAACAUAACUGACUAUAAGAAAUGCUUGCAGCAAUAUAAAUUAAAUGUUAUUCUUGAAAAGCGCACAGAUAAAGAAAUAAUUGUGCUUCUGAAGAAGAAAGUUUUGAUAGAAAAAGAACUGUUGUCUUCAUAAAUAAUAAUAAUUUCAAUUGGCUGGACGAUCUAAAGUCGCUUGUGAGCGAUGAAAACAAACUCGAGAAAAGUAGUAGAAUUAUA